AUGGCUUUGGAUCCAUCGGCUGGGAUAUCUGUCCUGAUGCAGCCUGGGACGACCCAUCGAUCUGCACAUGGCGAAGACACGGCAGCGUGGAUGGAUCUCAUUGCCAAACAUAAAGAACUCGCCGAUCUGCAUCAUCUCUUUCUCGUUCGAGUAUUUGACCCCUUGAUCCCAUCUACAUUUUCGCAACUUGCCGUCAAAUAUAAUAUCCCUUCUCGCUUAUGGCAAGUCUCGUUCCAUCUCAUUCUUGAACGACUUCGACUCGCUUGGAUGACAGCACAUCCGUCUGCGCUGGAUCUGCUCACGGAUCUUGUGUAUGACGCGUACAAAUUCUAUACGGAUCUGUUGGAGGAUCAAGCUAUGUCCCAUUUCCGGACCGCUUGGAUCGAAGCAUUGGGCGACCUAGCCCGAUACAGGAUGAAUAUCGCAUCGCACGUCUCCUCGAACGGCGGGGCGUUGGAUUCUAGGCGAGGCACAGAUUAUCGCCCACGUUCCCGUGACGAUCUCGAUGGACCUGCCCAGAGUAGCGGCGCGAGUAUCGGAGCGGAGGUGGCUGAAUCAUGGGAUGUCGAGGAUCAAGAGACGUGGAGGACUACGGCUAGAGAUUGGUACUCGAUGGGCGUGACGGAGAAACCCGGUGAGGGGAGACUGCAUCAUCAUCUGGCAUUGCUCUGCCGCGAUGUCCCUGGUCUUGAGCCCAGAGCACUGCAUCAUUUUACCAAAAGUCUCGUCGUCACUCACGAAUACGCCACAUCUCGUGAAACUAUACUCCCCCUGUUCGACUCGGCACUUCAAUCUCAACGAUCAUUACCCGAAGCCAAGGCCGUGGACCUCUUCGUCAGACUACACGGCAUGCUGUUCACCAAGAUUGACCUCGAUAAUUUCAAACCCGUCAUGUCUCGAUACAUGGAGCGAUUGGACGAAGAUGCCAGAUUGGAUCACGCUAAUCGACCGACCAACAUUUCCCAGGUCGAUUGGAUGAUCAUGGCCAGUGUCAAUCUAGCUGCCAUGCUGCAAUACGGUUCGCCAACGGGAGUUAUCCGUAAAGCCUUUGCGAUGGAAGGUCAAGAGCGGCGACGUGCACAUGCCGUCCUAGAGGACGAUCACGAGGGGGAAGACGAUGCCGAGCGGGCUGAAGGCUCCGAUGAACAACAUCACGGAAGUACCCUGGAUUCGACGGUGACCAUUCCUCCAGCUAUUCCUGAAGAAUCGACAACCAUGCCAAUGGUCUUGACCGAUGCGAUUGAAAUGACCAUGGAAGUCUUCUCCUUCCUUCUCUCAACCCCUUUCCGCCAACAAGGUCUUCAGACGGUUCUCAACCCGUAUCUGACCUGCCUGCUCACAUUCAUCGCCACUGCAUUCAGACAGACUCACAUCGGUGAUCUGCUCCUCCCUCAUGUGCCCUGGUAUCCCCUCGUCGAAUUCUUCAACAAAUACUCCCCAGAGAUCAAGGAAGAGACGAAACUCGUCUCUCAUAUUCCGUUGCCUGAAGACUGGGCUCUGAGAGGCAUGGAAUGGGUCGGAAGACGAGUGUAUGAGAGAGGCUUUUGGAAGACCAAGUCUAAUUCGAGAAACUCUGGCGGUGUCGCUCAACCUCAUUCAGGCGAGCGAUUCGCAAGUGAGAUGGACGUUCUCUUGGCCAACUUUGACAGCUCGCUUGAUAUCAGUCAAGGCGUGGUCGAAGAGGCAGAAGACACUGAUUUGACGGACGGACCCACUGCAGUGAAUGCACGUCGAUGGCGGCGUGUCGCUUGGGCAGCUGGCGUUAUGGUCAAGCAUAUGGAUGGCCUGGAGCUACGCGAUGGAAAGGUCGUCAUCACGGGAUCGCUCAAGAGACGACUGGAUGAUAUUUCCAGCAUGAAAGAGAUACAACGAAUACAAGAGGAAGAGGCGAUGUUCAGGAGGAAGCAGAGACAACAAGAAGAAGAGGAUCUGGAGAUUGCAGAACAGAUCGAGUCGGAGAUUGAGGAUGGAGAUCCGGAAAUGGCAGCUCUGCGGGAACGCCGCCGCCGCUUGCGGUCCAUGCUCGACUCUGCACUGCCUCGUCCGUCUUCCAAACCGAAAAAGUCUUCUCGGAAGAGUCUCCAUGCUAUGCCUGGUUACACCACGUUGGUAUUCGAUACCAAUGUCCUUCUCUCUUCCCUCGAGCUUGUCAAGCGAGUCAUCGACGGCGGACAGUGGAAGGUCGUCGUGCCCCUUCCAGUCAUCACUGAAUUGGACGGGCUCUCUCGUAACCCUCCACCUCUAGGCGAAUCUGCCUCCCUGGCUAUCACAUACCUUGAAGCACGGGUACGAUCUCACUCGCGUAACCUCAAGAUUCAAACUUCCAAGGGAAACUACCUGUCUGAUCUGACGAUCCGCGCGGAAUCUCACCAUGACGCGGGACGUACAGACGGGACGACGAUGGAUGAUCUGAUACUCAACGUGGCUUCAUUCCAAUCUGAGCAUUUCAGAUCGAAUGCAGGGUCGAACGCUGAAGGAGGAGGCGCUAUUCAAGUGUUGAUGGUGACGUUUGAUCGUAAUCUGAGAUUGAGAGCUAGAGCCAGAGGGAUCGAGGCGGCUGAUGAGAAAGAGAUGGUGGGAGUUUGGGGAAGUCUAUAG